CAAAAGUUGAGAGGGAUGCAUGCAUGGAUUUGAAUUCAUGCUAUUAAUUUCACAACACCCCAUCAAGCUAGACAGCGCUCUCAAGCUGUCUUUUUGAAUUAGACAAAUUGAUAAUUCAUUGGAAUUACCAUAGUUUAUAACACAAGUUAUAUUUACUCGUAUUUUGUUCACUGUCAGCUUUGUGGUUGCACAACUUAAACACUAGGGAGCUUGCUGUAUUUAAGGUGAUCUCUCCACGAAAUGAAAGUAAGCGUGCUACACUGUCGUUGUUCCAAAUGCUUCACGGUUCCAGCACGGAAGCGGGUCCGGAAGCGUGUUCCAGCCCUAACACUGCUGUCUCUUCCCGAAGAGGUGCUUCUGUGUGUGCUCCAAUGCCUCUCUGCUGAGGACCUGCUGGCUGUCAGAGCUGUACACUCUCAGCUCCGUGACAUCAUUGAUAACCACUCUAGUGUUUGGGCCCGGGUCAGUUUCAGGGAUACCUGGCCAUCCCCCAACACAGUCUGGCUCUUUGAGAGGGCCGCAGAGAAGGGGAACUUCGAGGCAGCUGUAAAACUAGGGAUUGCAUAUUUGUACAAUGAAGGACCGUUGCUGAGUGAUGAAGGGCGUGCCGACGUGUGCGGCCGGAAGGCGUCCCAGUUCUUCAGCCUGGCGGAGAGCCUGCGUUCCCCUACCGCCGACCCCUUCAUCUGGGUGUUCAUCCGCCCGCCCUGGUCCCCCACUGGGAGCUGCUGCAAGGCUGUGGUGUUUGACAGGCUCAAGGCGGAGUGUGAAACCAAUGUGGAGAGGAGGGGUACUUUGCUGCACUGUCUGGCCAGAGUCCUCCAGCUUUUUGAUGAGGACGACAAGCGCGCCGAGGCCCUGACACUACUUGAAGAGUCGUCUCAGUCGGGCUGUCUACAGAGUGCUUACCUGCUUUGGGAACAUAACCGUAAAACCGCAAUGGCCGACCCAGGCAGGUAUCUCCAGUUCAUACGCACGCUCAGGGACUACGCAGCCAAAGGAUGCUGGGAAGCACAGCUGUCCCUGGCCAAGGUGUGCAGCAGUGACAACCCGCUGGGUCUGGAGCAGAGGGCCUGUGCCGACCUUGUGGCCCAGCUGUUUCGCUCCUGUCCCCCCGUGCCCCGACGCAGGGCGGAGGAGGUGCUCCGACAGGGCAUCAACGACACCAUGAGAUACAUCCUGGUGGACUGGUUGGUGGAGGUAACCACCAUGAAGGACUUCUCCAGCCUGACCCUCCACGUGACGGUGGGCUGUGUGGACCGCUACCUGGCCCUGCGCUCUGUGCCCAAGGCCCGCCUGCAGCUGCUGGGCAUCGCCUGCAUGGUCGUCUGCACGCGGUACAUCAGUAAGGAUAUCCUGACCAUCCGGGAGGCGGUGUGGCUCACAGACAACACCUACAAGUAUGAGGACCUGGUCCGCAUGAUGGGCGAGGUCAUCUCUGUGCUGGAGGGCAAGAUCAGGACUCCCACUCUGCUGGACUACGGCCAGGUGCUGCUGUCUCUGUUACCCCUAGAGCGGCUCAGUGUCCACCUGUUCAGCUACUUGUGUGAGCUCACCUUGCUCUACUCAGCCCUCACUACAUACUCCUCAGCCCACCUGGCCAACGCCAUCCUGCUGCUCACACGGGCACUGCACCACUACGCUCCCAUCUGGCCCAUCCAGCUGGCUGAGUAUACAGGCUUCUCCAAGCAGGACCUGGUCCCCUGCACUUUACUACUCUAUGUCAAGUGCUUCAGUAAGGAUGUACCCAAAGACUACAGGCAGAUGUCUCUGACAGGUGUCAAGCAGAGGUUUGAGGAUGAGGCCUACCAACACAUCAGCAAAGAAAAGGUGAUUGAUUUCAAGGAGCUGUGUCAGGUCCUGGAGGUCCCGGAGGUGGAACCCUACAUGGUGCUGCCCAGCCCCACGGGCCAGCUAGCUGACAUCCACACCUUCCUCUCCUCCCCCUCCAGCAACAGCAAGAGGAGACGGGAGGAGUCCUUGCCUGUGCACCGAGGCAGCUUUGUGGCCACACCCACGGCUGAGCUGUCCACUCAGGAAGAGACCCUGGUGGGGGACAUGCUGGACUGGAGCCUGGACACCUCAUGUUCCGGAUACGAGGGGGACCAGGAGAGCGAAGGAGAGAAGGAGGCCAAGGAGGGAGAGACCUCUGUUCUGGCCAUGACACUGGAGCUAGCAACGGAGCCCGAGGGCUCCAAACUGCACUGCCGAGCCCUCUCCAGCGACGAUGACAGUUUCUGUGAGGGGAACAAAGAGGAAGAGGAGUAUGAAGGGGAGGGGAGCGCCAGGAGCCGACCGCGAGAGCCCCUCUCCUCAUUCAUCACAACCGAAUUCCACAGCUCAGGCUACUCCUCCGUCCAGAGUGCCAGCCCUUCCUCCAAUUCCUCUUCACUCCUGAUGCCCUGCACCUUCACGGCGCUGCCUCCGGACCCCACUCCAGGCUCCGCCUCCAGCAUCACAGUGGCUCUGCCCGGGUUCCGCCUCCUGGUGCCGGUGCAAAGACCCCGGGCUGCAGCUCGCAAACAGGUAAAGAGGAAGAACGCAGCAGCUCACAGCGGAGGGGAGAGGGAAGGGGAGGAUGAAGAGGUGGUAUAUGCCUCAAGUGUAGGUUUCCUAAGCCUGUAAGCACUGACUUGACUCACCGUUGAAUGGAUUCAGAUGAUUUUCUACCACCCUGCCUCAACUUCACCCUCUUUUGCCAUGGUCGCGUUCAUUAGGCACCAAACUGAAGACAAACAGACCCAAAAGUAAAGGGACUACUUGGACUUGUCCAAUAAGAAAUGAUAAUUUCUGUCUCCUGUUGAAAAAGUUUAAAUGUUCCUGCCCUAAUGAACACGACCCAGGAGCACUGUUCUGUCGUUGACAAUAUUCUUCAUUCCAUGAAGGCCUGAAAUCUGCACUGAUUCCUGGAACGCCAUAAGAUCACAAAUACCUGUUGUAAGCUUUACACACAAACCCAAACGGUCUCUCCAGAAUCCAGACUUUUUUUAUUUUGUUACAUUCCGCACGAGUAAACAGACAUCUUCUGCUUGAGAAAGAUCAGAUGGCUCCCUCUCAUAUUUCACUGACUUCGCUUGUAUCCCAAAUGACACCCUAUUCCCUAUGUAGUGCACUACUUUGACCAGAUUCGUACCAGAUUCCUGUUCAAAAGUAGUGCACUGCAUAGGGAAGAGGGUGUCAUUUGUGAGACUACCUUGAUCAGCCUAAAAACCAUUGGAACAGCUCUUCACUAUCCACCUCUUGACUUUGUUACAGUGCAUUGAUCCAGAUUGUGUUCCGCGCUGGUCUCACACAUUGACUUUUGCAACAACAACCUAUCUCAGAUGUCAAAGGAUUGCAGCUACCACCUAAAAAGAGAGACACCUCAUGAACCAUUUUGAAAUAUGUCUGUAUGAAGACUUUCACAUGUGAAAAGAACCACAACCUGCAUUGUUGACUGUAUUUGAUUACAAUUAUUAAUCAAUGCAACAGUUUUUUGUUUUGCUCUCUGCAACUCUUCUGAUGUUGGGAGUUUCAUGAAUCCCUGUUUUAUACCAGUGAAGAGAUUCUGAUAUGCACUGCCUGUACAGAAUGGUCAGGAGUUGGCUACUCUGUACUAGCCUGGGAUCCAAACUGAGUAGUGAAACAAAGCCAUGUUCAGUUUGGAUUCCAGGCUCGAUCUGUACUUUAGAUAUCUACUAUUGUGUAGUCUAAAGCCUUAUUUUGAGUCUGAAUUUUCUCUGAUCCAUUUUUGUCAUUUUGUUCACAUACCAAAGGUACUUUAAAACUUAAUUGAGGGGACUAUCGGUGGGUAAAUAGCUUUUACCUGUAAAGACUGAUAGUAAUUCAAGCGUACGGAAAUACAUUCUUAGCUACAGUUUUGUAUGUACUGUACAUGUGCUGCAUGUACUGUACUGUUACUGUUUAGAGUUGGAGCACAGGAGAGAACCUAUACUACAGGAACAAAUCAAUUCUACAAGCUUUAACAAGAGAAAGGUAUUGUUUCAUUUGAAAACAGCAUAACAUUUUGUAGAAGCAGAAUAUUUCAGUCAUCCCCACCACCCCUAACCUUUGAACCCAUAACACCUAAUUUCAUGGGUGAUAGCACAUGAUUACACCUGUCUGUUAGAAACCACUAAAAUGUAUGCCCUAGAAAUAUAAUAGAUGAUAUAGAUUGUAUUUCUAUGGUUCAAUCAUCAGUGAUGUCAUCUGAACAUUGAGCCAUGAACAUUGACCAAUGAGGUCACAGUUUAGUAACUAAGAGGUGCACAGUGCGACAUGAAAUUUGAAGUUCAGAACAUCUAACAAGUUUUGUCGAAGCAAGUCUAUUCGUUUUGCCCACCGUUUCUCCCAAGGGGUUCGUCUUGAAUGAGGUCUGGCACUUCUAUUGAAUAAGGAGCGUUUGUUUUUCCCACAGUGAUGUUUUCUAUGCUUGAACAAUCAACUACUAAUGUUAUUCCAUUAAGUGGAAUUGCAUUGCCUCCUUUUGGGGAAACGGAAGUGAAGACACUAAAAGGCAAAUGAUUACUUGAUGUGUUGAUAAGUACUGUAUGCCUACAUCAGGACACGGAGUCCUUGGGCUCCGUCUGAAAUGUCAUCCUGUUCCAUAUGUAGUGCACUUCUUUUUCCCGCAGCCCCAUUGGUCUCUGGUCAAAGUAGGGCACUGAAUAGGGUGCCAUUUCAGACACAACCCUUGUACACAAAUGAUUGUGACUGUAAAUAUGUUUUUAAAACUCUUAGGUCAGACUCUUUAUAUCCCUGGUCUGUUAUGUACAUAUGUAAAUGUGGCGGGGGGGAGAAAGAACUGUGACAAUAUGCCUUUUACUUGAAAUUGGAUGAUUGGUUUUGGCUUCAUUCCAAGAAGGACACGUCUUUUUCUACAUAAAGGUUGACAUUUGGCUUGUUUUUUUUGUCUACAUUGUACCAUCAAGUGACUUGUGUGAAGAUAUUUCUGUGCACCUGGUAUCAAUUUCUAUUAAAACAAGCAUGUGGACUUGCA